AUGAAGAUCUUCUGGGAGGCAUACGAGGAUCCAUCCUGGCAUCUCUUAUUCGUUGCAGCCAAGAGCAGUAGCUUCGAUGCAAUCCGCGUAAUGCUUGAGAUUUACUUGGAGAAUCCGACAUAUACUGAGCCGCUUGACCAGUAUCUGGAACACCUUCCCUUUUCUCCGAUAAAUGUGGCUUGUGCCGGUGCACACCGGGAGCUUACCUUGUGGUUGAUACACCAUCUAUUCUGGCAGCGAAAUUACAUCAUCGGGACAAGCUCGGGCAAACACCUCUAUUUAGCGCUGCAGGUGGAUCAGGGCUGCUCGGUUCGUGAUUCGAAUAUCUACGUCGAGCAAAACUCCAAUUUGAACCCCCAAAUAGAAAGAACAGUUCUCGGUGCCGCUGUUCCCAAUGCCAGCUACAAGAUGGUUUCACGGCUGGUUUCCGAAGGCGCUGGAGUUCACGCCCAGCAGACCUGGGAAGAUUAUGAUAUUGCUCAUCGCUCUGAUCAUAUUAAGGACGGCAAGGGCGUCACAGCCAUACAUAUAGCAAGCAUGUUUUGGAACCUAGAAGGGAUUCAUGCGCUAAUCGAUCACCGAGGUGACAUAAGUGUAGCAGAUAUGCUUUCCAAGGCCGACAACUAUGGUCGUAUCCCACUGCACUGGGCACUCCAAGGUACUCGGGAUGAGGUCUAUCUAGACUCGGGCCGGGGUAAUCAAUACCGGUUACCGCCUCGCGAGAUGGAAGCUGUUAAAUUGCUCCUCAGCGCUGACCCCGACAAAAUCAGCGCCCAGGAUCGGCAAGGUGCGACAGUAUUCAACUAUGUUGUCAGAUCUGAUACACCAUCACCAAGUGUCCCAGCCAUUGUGAAGGUACUUUUAGGCGCAAAGCCCCCUACGCUCAAUUCUCGCGACUUCAUAGGCGCGACAGCUCUACGCGAUGCAGUGGGUUAUCACGCUUGGCGAUUUCAAAAGUUCUUGAUCCGCAAUUUACAGAGCUGA